GAGAGAGAGAGGGAGAGAGAGGUGGGGUGGUUGUGGUCUGGUGAGGGGGGGCUACUCGUAACUCUUGCCAUCAUGGACUGUGUGUGGAUGGAGAAAGGUGGCAGAGCCUGGGAGAACUAAAUCCUUCACAUAAGAUUUAUUUUCCCUUUUUUAUUGAAGGAAAAGUGCACCCACAAGAAAAGCAUGCUGUCCUGGCUGGGCUGUGGCAUAGUGGGGUGAGAGUGAAGUGAAAAUGGCGUACAUACAGCUGGAACCCAUCAAUGAGGGUCUCUUGUCCAAACUAUCCAACUUCCUGCUGUGUCGUUGGACCUGUCAGUCAUGCUGGCAGACCUGUUGGGAGUGCAGCUGCUGCCAGCCCAGUGAUGAGGAAGUGGAAAUCCUGGGUCCCUUUCCUGCACAGACCCCAGCCUGGCUGGUCAACGACUGCAAUGGUGAAAAAGACACAAAGUCAGAUGUGUUGGCCUAUUGCCCUCCAGCCACACCCCAGGACAGCUCUCCAGACAGGCACUGUUCCAGCUCUGAAGCAUCUCGCUCCACCUACAGCUUGGCCCGUCGAGUGUCCAGUCUUGAGGCUCGAAGGCCUAGCUCCCCCCUGGUGGACAUCAAGCCCAUCGAGUUUUGGGCCAUGGGCUCCAGGAAGGAGGCUCCGGUGCAGCCCGCAGUGUUACGGAAGCCCUUCGUAGCGUCGGACGACUACUUCCGGAAGCUGGAGCCCCGGCUCUACUCAGUGGACUCCAGCGGCGACGACGUGGACUCUCUGACAGACGACGAGAUCCUGCUGCGCUACCAGCUGGGCAUGCUGCACUUCAGCACGCAGUAUGACCUCAUCCACAACCACCUGACCGUGCGGGUCAUCGAGGCGCGCGACCUGCCCCUGCCCGUCUCCUGCGAUGCGGCCCGCCAGGACAUGGCCCACUCCAACCCCUACGUCAAGAUGAGCCUGCUGCCUGACCACAAGAACUCCCGGCAGACCGGCGUCAAACGCAAGACGCAGAACCCCGUCUUCGAGGAGCGCUUCACCUUCAAGCUGCCUUUCCUGGAGGCCCAGCGCCGCACCCUGCUCCUCUCUGUUGUCGACUUCGACAAGUUCUCCCGCCACUGCGUCAUUGGCAAGGUGACCAUGCCUCUCAGCGAGGUGGACCUGGUCAAAGGUGGACACUGGUGGAAGGCCCUGGUGCCCAGUUCUCAGAAUGAGGUGGAGCUGGGUGAACUGCUGCUGUCCCUCAACUACCUGCCCAGCGCUGGGAGGCUAAACGUGGACAUCAUACGCGCCAAGCAGCUGCUGCAGACCGACAUGUGUCAGGGGUCAGAUCCCUUCGUCAAAGUCCAGCUGGUGACAGGGCUGAAGCUGGUCAAGACAAAGAAGACGUCAUGCAUGAGGGGCACCAUUGACCCUUUUUACAACGAGUCCUUCAGCUUCCGGGUCCCUCAGGAGGAGCUGCACGAAGUCAGCCUUGUGUUCUCAGUGUACGGCCACAACAUGAAGAGCAGCAAUGACUUUGUGGGUCGCAUUGUGAUUGGCCAGUUCUCCACCGGUCCCCCUGAGACGAGCCACUGGCGCCGGCUGUUGGACUCCCAGCGCACCCCGGUGGAGCAGUGGCACAGCCUGAGGUCCCGCGCUGAGUGUGACCGAGUCUCCCUCGCCUCCCUGGAAGUCACGUGAUGACCUCUGAGAUCAGGGCUUGGGGGAUCUGUGUUGGGGUA